AGUGUAAAGCGCUUUGGAGUCCUUACUCUGAGAGGCGCUUUACAAGUGCGGGUCAUUUAUCAUAAGAGAAAUAUGAUGUGAAAAUCUCUUUACCUGCCAAGUUUCGUCUCCUGAUACCUUCUUCAUGGGCUGUUCCAAAUCCGGAUCUAACCUGGAGCUCAUCAUGUGAGAGUGGCGCGCACGUGUGUGUGUGUGUGUGUGUGUGUGUGUGUGUGUGUGUGUAUUUACAGCUGUUUUUUUAUAGGCAAUUUGGGGACACGUUGAAGUCGUGCUGAAAUGCCGGACUUCCACCCGGACCCUGAACGCACCACUGGAGUUUACUGUUUCCAUGGCAACAUCCGCGGCUCUCCCACCGGUCGGACCCGGUUCUGGUUAACUUAACUACUGAAUCUCGAUGGACCCGGACCGGGCCUCGGUGGCCUACGGCCGGCGGGCCGUUCCCCAGCUGUUUGAACAGCUGCAGCAACCGGAGACUUCCGGCAGACUGCGGGCUCUGACGUCACUCUGUGACCUGGUCCACGAGCCGGAGCGGUUCUACCAGACCAUUACCGGAGGAUUUCUGGAGCAGCUGAAGGUUUUAUUAGAAGAUCAGGAUCCAUCAGUGAGAACAAAGACCUGCGAGCUGCUUUACCUGCUGACGACCCGCAGCCUGGGCAGACUGUUCCUGAUCUCCUCCUCUCUCCUCCCUCCUCUCUGGGAGCUGCUGGAUGACUCCUCGUCCUCCUGCAGGAGAAACGUCUACCUGGUUCUGACCCAGCUGGCUGAGCUUCCUGCAGGAGCAGACGUCCUCCACACACUGGUCCCCAGACUGAUGCUGAAGCUCCAAGAGGAGGAGGAAGAGGAGGAGGACGAGAAAGUGCUACUCCUCUCCAUCCUCAGCAGCUGCUCCAGAGUUGACCCUCUGCCGACUCUGUCUUUGAACGGAGUUCAUCUCAUGGGUCAGAGACUGUCCCACCACUCCCUGGACAUCCGCAGGGAGGCGUGUGCAGUGCUGCUGGAGCUCAGCGUACCUGAGGACGGGAAGCGACAGGUGUGUGACCAGCAGCUCCUACCUGUCCUGGUGUCUCUGCUGCAGGACGAAGACGUGGAGCUCCAGACCAACGCAGCAGGAGUCAUCAUGAAUGUUGUGAUCCUCACCUCAGGUAAACAUCUGAUUCUGGGGCUGAAGGUCCUCCCCAUCCUCCUGGAGCUGCUGAGCCAGGAGGAGGAGGAGGAGGAGAGGAGGGGGAGGAAGGCUCUGAUCCUCUACUGCCUACAGACCUUGGCCUCUCUGGCUGAAGCUCCGAGCGGACGCAGAGUCCUGCUGGAGCAGCUCCCCCUGCUGGAGCGGAGGAGUCGGGACCAGGACCAGGACAUCCAGAGGGUCGCUCAGACCACCAUCAGGGUCGUGACCUGGACUCCCUGACCUCUGACCCCCGGGGUUAAAAUCAGCUGGAUACAUGAUUAAUAUUCUUAGUUUAGCUUUUUCUUUAAAAUUUGGUUUAAAAUGUUUUGGGAGUUUUUAACGUUAAACAUGAAAACUAAGAUUUAAUCAUAAAAACAUAAUAAAGUUAUUAAAUGUUCAAGUUUC